AUGACUGUUAGCGCCGUCAAACCCCUUCAGGUCAAGGGUAACGACUUCUACGACCCUGACACGGGCAACAAGUUCCAGAUUGUUGGUGUUGGCUACCAACCCGGUGGGAGCGCCGGUUACAAGCCUGAUGAGAAAAAGGACCCAUUGACCGACGCUGAUGCUUGCAUGCGUGAUGCUGCACUCAUGCAGAUUCUCGGCAUCAACACUGUCCGUGUCUACAACAUUGAUCCUUACCUCGACCAUGACAAGUGCGCCAGUAUCUUCAAUGCUGCCGGCAUGUACCUCGUCAUUGACGUCAACUCCCCCCUUCCCGGCGAGGCUAUCACGUCGUUCAACCCUUGGGAGAGCUAUUUCGGUGGCUACCUCAACCGCACCUUUGCCGUUAUGGAGGCCUUUGCCAACUACCCCAACACCCUCCUGUACUUCUCCGGAAAUGAAAUCAUCAACGAUAUCCCCUCGGCCAAUGUCACUCCUCCUUACAUUCGCGCUGUUACUCGUGACCUCAAGAGCUACGUCAAGCAGAACUUCAAGCGUCAGAUCCCAGUCGGCUACUCAGCCGCUGAUGUCCGCGACUUCACCUAUGACACUUGGAACUACUGCCAGUGCACCAUUGACGGUGAGAAGGACAACCUGAGCCGCGGCGACGUUUACGGCCUCAACUCUUACAGCUGGUGCGGUAUUGAUGCCACCUACACUUCCUCUUCCUACAACGAGCUCACCGACAAGUUCAAGUCGAGCUCUGUCCCCGUGUUCUUCUCUGAAUACGGCUGCAAUCAACCCCUCGACCAACCCCGCUAUUGGAAUGAAUCUGUGGCUCUUUACAGUGACAAGAUGAAUGGCGUUUUUUCUGGUGGUCUCGUCUACGAAUGGUCCGAGGAGGCCAAGAAUUACGGCCUUGUCAACUUCACGACUGACGGUGCCAGGCUGCUCGGAGACUACAACCGCCUCAAGAACAAACUUACCAAGGUGGACUGGAAGAGUCUUAUGGCCCAGAAGGCUGCCCAGAAGGCUAUUGAUGCCCCCAAGUGCGACGCGAAGCUCAUCACCCACGAUGGCUUCCUUGCUAACUGGACUCUGCCCGCUCCUCCCGACAACACCAAUGACAUGAUUAAAAAUGGUGUUUCCCCCAAGCGCAACGGCAAGCUUGUUGACAUCAGCGACUACAAAGUUUCCCUCAAGGUUCUUGAUGAACAGGGCAACGAGCUCAAGGACCUCAAGGUUGUUGCCUUCCAGAAUGACGAAGUCAACUACCCUGGCAAGGUCAGCACCGACACUGGCAAGGAGACGACCUCGACCACCAACUCGACGGCCAGUGGCAACGGCAGCAAGGGCGACGGUAAGGGUGACAGCAAGGGCGACAAGGAUAACGGAGCUGCCUUUGCCGCUCCCAUGAUGCUCGCCGCUGCUCUGCCCGCCCUUGCCAUGAUUUUUGCUUAG